AUGAACGCCGCCAGUGACCUCGAGACUGCUGAAUUGGCCAAGGGCCACGCGCCCGCCAAGGUCGUGUCGCCAACGGAGAACAGCCUUACAGAUACCGAUGAGUUCGAGAAGCCCACCGAGGAAGAGAUGGCAACUCUUCGACGAGUCUCUGGACAGAUUCCAUGGUCGGCCUAUACAAUUGCCUUUGUGGAAAUGUGCGAGCGAUUCUCAUACUACGGGACGACUGCAGUGUUCGUCAAUUUCAUCCAGCAACCUAUGCCAGAAGGGUCAAACACCGGUGCUGGAUUCUCCGGUCAAUCUGGUGCUUUGGACAUGGGACAGCGUGCUUCUACUGGAUUGACAACUUUCAACGCAUUUUGGGCGUACAUUAUGCCCUUGUUUGGUGCCUAUGUUGCAGAUCAAUACUGGGGUCGUUUCAAGACCAUCCAAGUCUCAUGCCUGAUUGCGCUGGUGGGACACGUUAUUCUCAUUAUCUCUGCUAUUCCACCAGUCAUUGUCCAUCCCAAUGGAGCUAUCGCAUGCUUCGCUGUUGGUAUCGUCAUCAUGGGUGUAGGUGUUGGAGGUUUCAAAUCUAAUAUUUCUCCUUUGAUUGCUGAGCAAUGUACCGAAACUGUGAUGCGCGUAAAAACGACAAAGACCGGUGAGCGUGUCAUCAUGGAUCCUGCCGUGACCGUUUCUCGUGUCUACCUAUACUUCUACUUGAUGAUCAACGUUGGCUCCCUGGUGGGAUCCAUUGGUAUGGUUUACGCUGAGAAAUACGUUGGUUUCUGGUUGUCGUUCCUCUUGCCUACAUUGAUGUUGUGUCUCUGCCCUGCUGUUACAAUACUCUGCAAAUCCAGAUAUGUCCUCCAUAAGCCUGAAGGUUCCGUCAUUGCAAAGGCUUACAAGGUCUGGAUGCUCGCUCUUAAGGACAAAUGGUCUUUGAACCCUUUUACCUUCCGCCGAAAUAUCAAGAAACCAGGCUUCUGGGAUGCCGCUAUGCCAUCUCAACUCGGAGCUAACAAGCCAGCUUGGAUGACUUUCGAUGAUGCCUGGGUAAUGGAAGUCCGACGUGGAUUGAUGGCAUGCAAGGUCUUCUUGUGGUAUCCUCUUUACUGGUUGGCCUACGGACAAAUGACAAACAACUUGACGUCUCAAGCGGCUACCAUGAAACUUGGUUCUGUUCCUAACGAUAUUGUCUCCAAUCUGAACCCUAUCUCCAUCAUCAUCUUCAUCCCAAUCAUGGAUCGAGUCGUCUACCCUGGUCUCAGAAAGCUUGGGUUCAACUACACGCCUCUCAAACGUAUUGCGACCGGGUUUUUCCUUGCUAGUAUGGCCAUGGUCAGCGCUACAGUUACCCAGAGCUAUAUCUACAAGAUGCACCCUUGCGGUAACGCCGCCAAUUCUUGUGAAGACGAUGGAUACGCAGAUAUCUCAGUCUGGGUCCAGAUUGUUCCAUACAGUCUAAUUGGUUUCUCCGAAAUCAUGGCUUCCGUCGUGUCCCUUGAAUACGCGUUCACCAAGGCCCCAACGAACAUGCGAUCUUUCGUCCAAGCUGUUGCACUCUUUAUGAAUGCAUUCUCAUCGGCUCUGGCACAAGCGCUUGUUGCUCUCGCCGAAGACCCAUUGCUCGUAUGGAACUACGGUGUUGUCGCUUGCCUUGCAUUUGCUGGUGGCAUUCUAUUCUGGCUGGACAACUAUAAAUUGGAUCGUGAGGAAGAUCACAUGAACCAGAUGAGUCGGGGUCAGUUUGUACGAAAUGGCGAGGAGGUGACGUCUCACGAUAAGAGAGUGUCAGACGCAGACAGAGCACCAACUCCUGUCAUCAAUGAGAAGAUCUGA